GGCACCUCCCCAGAGCUCCGGGAGAAGCCGGUGUCCCUCCUGGGCUCCUGCGGCUCGCUCUGGGCAUUCCUUGCCUCCUUUCCCGGGCGCUGCCCCCUUCCCUACCUGGCCACUGCCUGUAUCCCUCCCCGGGCAUCCCCUGCAUCUCUGCCUGGGCUGAGCGUUCUUCCCUCCGCGGGCGCUGCCUGCAUCACUCCCGGGCAUCCCUGCCUGCAUCCCUGCCCGAGCUCUGCCUCCCUCCCUCCCUCCCUCCAUCGCUCCCCAGGCGCUGCCCGCCUCCCGCGCGGGCAUCCCCGCCAUCCCACCGGGCGCUGCCUCCAUCCCUGCCCGUGCAGCGCCUGCCCCCGCGCCGUGCCCCGGACGGGCUCCCCGCUCCCCGCCGCCGCCCCCCGGUCUCUCCGCGCCGGGCGGGGGCCGGGCCGGGCCGGGGCUCUGCAGCGGGGCCGCCCGCCCCGCGUCGGGCUCUCCGCAUGGCUCCUCCGCCCGCCGGGGCGCCGCCGGCCCGGGCCACUGCUGCAAGUGACGGGCUGCCCCGGAGGGGAAAUGCAUCCUGAAUGGGGCUGAGGCCCCCUGCACGGGAAUAUGCAGCCUCGGCACCGCGGAGGCAGCACCAGGGCAGCGGCCGGCGCGCGGCGGAAUGGUGGCAACGUUCAAGAUCGCCGUGCUGGGAGCCCAGGGCGUGGGCAAGAGUGCCAUAGUCCGGCAGUUCCUCUACAACGAGUUCAGCGAGGUCUGUGUGCCCACCACGGCCCGCCGCGUCUACCUGCCCGCCGUCGUCAUGAACGGCCACGUCCACGACCUGCAGAUCAUGGACUUUCCCCCCAUCACCGCCUUCCCUGUCAACACCCUGCAGCUUCGAGUACAUCAAAACCAUCCGCCAGCAGAUCCUGGAAACAAGGGUCAUCGGCACCUCGGAGACACCCAUCAUCAUCGUGGGCAACAAGCGGGACCUGCAGCGGGGCCGGGUGAUCCCGCGCUGGAACGUCUCCAACCUGGUGAAGAAGACGUGGAAGUGCGGCUACAUCGAGUGCUCGGCCAAGUACAACUGGCACAUCCUGCUGCUCUUCAGCGAGCUCCUCAAGAGCGUGGGCUGCGCCCGCUGCAAGCACGUCCACACCACCAUCCGCUUCCAGGGCGCCCUGCGCAGGAACCGGUGCACCAUCAUGUGAGCCCCUCCUGCCCCCAUGGACCCCCCUUCCUCGGGGGCCGAGGCUCCCCUGUGAGCACCGGAGUCUCUGCUCUCCGUGGGGGUGAUGCUGCGGUGGGAGCUGUGCUGGAGGCACCUCGGGGUUGGCUUCCCACUGGCGCUGGCACCCUGCGGUGACAUUUGGGGACAGCGCGCCUUGGGCAGGGUGAUGUGGUGGCCGGUGGCAGGUUGGAGCAGGUGGCCACCUGGAGGUAGUGAUGGGUGAGGGAGGUCCUUGGUUAAACCCCCAGGCCCUUCCUGAGCCUCAGCUUGAGGCCAAAGCUGUCCCGGGGGAGGGUUGUACAUGGCACUGGAGGAUGGGGGAGAUCCCUCAGAGGGCGCCCAGAUUUUGGCUGUCAGGCCCAUCCUUGCCAAUUCCUGCUCUGGCACCACAGGGGCAAUGCUUGCUGCUCCCUGCCAUCACCUGCCCCUGGAAGGGAAUGAUCCAGCACCUCUAUCCUGAUGUGCUGGGAGUGGUUCCAUCACUGGGUCACAGGGAGACAGGAGUCCUGUUUUCCUCCCUGCAGAGCUGGGGUUUCUCCCCUUGGAGGACAGAACAGUCUCCAGCAAGAGGCCAGGUUACACGGGAUCUCUUUUGGCUCAGUUGGAUGAGACUUCCAGGUGGAAUUUCCCGAUGAAAGCAAGAAAGGGGGAAAAAAAAAUAAUAAUAAAGUCCCCAUCCCGCCCCUUACAUCCCCAGGAUGCCGGGAGCUGCCUCCCCAGGGCUCUCAGUCCCUCUCUGCCCCAGCCCAGCCCAGCAAGGCUCCUCCUCCCCACCAACCUGUCGAACACCAAAUAAUCUCGGAACGCUCCUUGCCGGGCAGGUCACCCCUCCGCUACCUCGCGUCCCGGGCUCAGCCAGCGGCUGGCUUUGCACGGCUUCCACCCGAGCCCCCGGUGUCUCCCGGGCGGGCGGGCAGCCCCCUGUGCCCCCUCGGUGCUGCGCCGGGUUUUCCCAUGGUGAUCCUGCCUCCAUCCCGGUGAGACGCGGCCCUGGGAAGGCAGCCUCCGAAGCAAUAGGGAGCUGGAGUUGCGUUUGUGGUUGCAUUCCUGCUUGUUUCUUUUUGUUUCGGUUUUGUUUUGGUUUUCUCUCUGCGUAUCCCUAGCAGGAAAGUGAGCCUCUCAUUUUUUAUUAUUAUUAUUAUUAUUUUUUCAAUCUCUCAGCACGUUUUUCCCCCAGACUUGCAGCUCGCCUGAGUCCUGUCCUGCAGGGCCAGGUGGCAAAGGGCAGCCCCUGUUAGGAAACGGUGGUGGGGCAGUGAGGGGUGAGCAAGGGGCCGUGGUUUCUCCUUGGCUGCCCCCUGUGAGGCACAGGGAAAUACCAUCCCCACCUCCUGAGGCAGGAUCUGUGGCUGGUCCAUCCUCCAGCAAAACCAUCCCCAUGAUUCCUGGUGUAACAGGGAGGUGCAGGUAUUCAAGGUAUUCAGUGCUGCUCCGGGCAGGAAAGCAGAAGGACACCAGUCCUUCUUCCUCCCACAGCCAGGUGUCCAUCUCCCAGCAGCAUCACCGUGCUCUUGGAAACACUUCCUAUGAAAGGCAGGUCCAGCUGAGCUCCAACACGGUGCAUCCCCCCACCCCAUCCCUGUGCCAGGGCCAGGGGGGCUGGGUCACCCUGCUCCCUCCCCGCUGGGGGACCCAAACCCCUUGAUCCAAAAAAAAAAAAAAAAAGAAAAUCAAGGAAAAAAAAAGGCAAUGGGAGGACACAAUUCCAUCUCAGCCAGGAAGGCAGUGGUACUUGUCACCAUCCCUGGCCUUCAUGGCAAACCCAGCUCCCUUAUCCGACCUCAUCCCGCCAGGAUUUAUGAACACGUGGAAGUCCACUUAUCGACCUCUGGCUAGCUUUAUCCCUCCAAAUUGUCUGAGAAGGAAAUUCCUUGGUAAAUGCUAAUAAUAAAGCAUUUAUAAAGUGCUCCGACGUACACAUAUCAACGACUAAGCCAAUACAUUGUUUGUUAUAACCCUGUAGCCUGCAGUUUAUAGCACAAUUAGUUACAGGUUUUUAUAGCAUCUCUUUAGUAUUUUGAAAAAAAAAAAAAAGGUUAUAAAUAUAAUUGUUAUAUUCUAUUGUACUUUAUAGACAGAGGAAGUUAUAUUAGUAAUAAUAACUCUCACUGCUUCGUCAGCAUUUCCCAGCUCCCAGGAAAACGAGGGCUACAAAGAGCCGCUUUCCCAAAAGCUCAGGAGGGGGUAGGUGAUGAUGAUAUCCUGGGUGGUGGUAUCCUGGGUGCAGGCAGGGGCUCUGAGGCAGGACGUGUCCAGGCCUCCAGGAGCACAGCAGCAGCUACAAGCACCUCGUGCCUCACCCCUACUCACACCCCCCUAGUACAAAGCGUUCCCACUUCCCCAACACCACCCUGGUCCUGCUGAGAACAACCUGCUCCUGGGCCUGGGGGAGGCUGGGAUGUCCCCACCGCUGUCCCCAGGACAGUGCUGUGUUUCUGCCCCUGUGCACGUGGAGGCAAUGCCUGGGUUUGGCUCAGUCCCACCAAGGAUGCUUCCUCUCCUCCUCCUCCUCCUCCUCUUCCCCCUGGUGAAAAUCCCAGUUGCCUGGACUUGGCUUUCCUUUCCCUCCUGGACUUCUUGUCGGAGAUUCCCAAGGUGUCUACACCGCCUGUAACGCCCUGCACCCCCUUCUUUGAAAUCGAAUUAAAAAUCAGGUCUGUCCCCCUUGUUC